AUGCGAAUCAACAGUGAAUUAGCAAACAAAUUUUCAGCUUCAACAGUGCACUUGGAACAUAUCACAACCGCAUUAAGUUGUUUGACACCUUUCGGUUCGAAAGACGAUGUCCUUAUAUUCAUUGACGCCGAUGGUCUGUCAUUUGUCAGGGAGAAUAAUCAUGUAAUAAAAAUUCAAUUAUUACUUUCACGAGAGCUUUUUAUGUCUUACUCAUACAGGAAUGAAACUGAAGAUCACAUGAAGCUUUGUGUAAAAAUAAAUCAUAUCUUAGAUAGUGUCAACGUGAUGAACAGGAAUUCGGAUGACAUUGUCGAAUGCACUUUAUCUUAUGAUGGACAUGGGUCACCCUUUGUGUUAAUAUUUGAGGACUCAUUCAUUUCUGAGAGGGUGGAGUACUCUACCUACUUAAUCAAGGAUUUUGACACUACUGUGCUAGAACUUGAUAGAGAAAGAAUAUGCUUCGAGGCAAUUAUAAAAGGUGAAGCUCUUCAUUCAGCGUUGAAAGAUUUAAAAGAAAUUGGAUGCAAAGAAUGCUAUGUCUAUGCGAAGACUGAGGCAAAUGAUGAGAAUAUAUUUGCACUGAUUUCAAAAUCGCAACUAGGAUUCUCAAAGAUAAGGCUGCCUAAUAACAGAUCAGUACUAGAAAAGUUGCAAGUGUUUGAUGGAGAUUCAACAAGCAUAAUAGCUGGCUCUGCCGUAAUCGGAUUCUUUGACUUUACUGCGUUUGAUAAGAUCAGGAAGAGUACUAAGAUUGCAAGUAAAGUACUGUUUAGAAUGGAUGUUCAUGGUGUAUUAAGUGUGAAUAUUUUGAGUCAAACAGAUGAUGUGAUUAUUACUGAUACCACAAGACCUUCCAAUAAUCGAUUGAAUGGUAUUCAUCAACUACAACUACCGAAGGAUUAUCCUGGUAUUGUUAUUGAGGUUUGCAUGUUGGAAAAAGAAUCCAUCGAUGAAGCAGCGCAGGCCGAAAUAGAGCUCUUGAUGGAGACUAAUGAGCUUACUCAUCGUGGUAACUUCAAGAAACCCUCUAUAAUAAAAAGGUAUGACGCUGUCGGGGACAACAAACUUUCCAAUGACAAUCUGUUGCAACUGAAUGGCGAAAAAAUUAGACUUCCAUCUGAAGAGAAUAAGAACAAUAAUAAGGAAGAUGAGGGGGAAGAAAGUCACUACAAAUAUCCAACAAAUGAUAUUCCUUUAUUUUUUUAG